AUGAGAAUCUUGGGUUGGAAUUGUCGAGGUAUCUGCAACGCCUCGACAGUUCGAGCCUUGGGGGCUCAAAUAAAAGGGGCAAGGACUAAGGUGGUCUUCCUCUCUGAAACUAAAGCUGAUGUAUAUAGGAUGGAGUUUUUUAAAAAAAAUUUAAAGUUUGAUGAAUCUUGUGUUGUUGAGGCAAAUGGUAAUGCAAGUGGUUUAUGCCUUAUGUGGAAAUUUGGAAUAGAUUUAAAAGUUGUGGAGUUCAAUAAGGAUUUAAUUGCAGUUAAGGUCUCUGACCAGUGUGUCGACUGGAUGUUAGUGGGCUUCUAUGGACCACCAUAUUAUUCAGAGAAGAAGAAAGCAUGGGGGAAUCUUUUUGCUCUUCUUGAAUCUCACCAGGGACCGUGGGCUAUUAUGAGAGAUUUUAACUACAUUGUUAAUGAAGAAGAGCAAUUGGGAGGUAACAAGGGAGGUCCUUCAGCUACAAAUUAUCUUAAAGAACUGCUGUUUGAGUUCAAUGCAGUGGAUUUGGGGUACUCAAGAAAUAAGUACACAUGGGCCAGAGGUGCUAUCAAGUCAGACCACGCCCCAAUCCUGAUGGAUACAAACCCUUGUGAAAGGUUUGCUCACAAACCAUUCAGGUUCGAGGCGGUUUGGUUGAGGGAUGAAAGAUGUAGUGCUGUUAUUAAAGAAGCUUGGAAGGGAAAGGUAUCGGGCUCGGAGUUUGUUAAAUUGUACAAAAAGCAAGCGGUAACCAGAGAGGCACUUCGCAAAUGGAAUAAGGAGGUUUUCAGACGCUGCCAGGAUAGAAUAAACUCUCUUCUAAAGAAGAUCAAGGAAGUCCUUCACUUGAAAAUGGAUUUCUUGAAAAAGAUCUUCAAACCGAGCUCUCGGAAUGGCUCCUUAGAAGUGAAGUGGAGAAGAAACAAUAAAGAUGCCAUAAAAAAUGAGGAAGGAACAUGGAUCCAUGAGUCAGGCCAAAUCAAAGACAAAUUCUGGGAAAAUUUCAUAAAUCUAUUCAAAGAAGAGGAGGUUUAUUUCCCUGAGCACCUUGAUCAUUUGGUGUUGCCUUGCAUCACUGAAGAAGAAAAUGAGGGACUAAUAUGCAUCCCAACCCCGGAGGAAAUCAAAGAUGUCUUGUUCCAAAUGCAAGGCCCUUGGUCCUGA